ACUUAGUAGGUAUGGUAUCGAAAACUGCUUCUUCAGUAUAGCGUGAGUAGCGGUGCACAUAAGUUCAUAUUUCAGUCACUUCGUGAGUUGUUACGGAAAGUUCAAUAAAUAAAAAUGGCCACAAGUUCAAAGCAAGCAACUGCUUCACAGCGUAAUUUGAAUGAGUUGAAACUACAUUUCAUGGAGAAAUUAAUGAAGAAAAUAUUUUGCUUCUACGAUGAACAGUCUUUAAUUGAUGUGACUUUUAAAGUUUCUAACCCAGAGUCUUUUAUACCCGCGCAUCGUUUGAUACUCUCAGCAGCGAGUCCUUAUUUUGAGAACCACUUCAACGGGGACCAAGGCAAUGCUCUUGUCAUCGAAAUAAAUGAUAUCGAUAGCGAUAUCUUUGAACGCUUAAUAACCUUUUGCUACACCGGACAGGCGCUGGUUACCGUAGACAAUGUCGCUGCGAUGUUAAAGGCGGCAAUCGUGUUGCAAUUGGAAGAUGCCGCGACCAUGUGCAUGGACUUCAUUAUGUCGCACAUCGAUGAAUGCACAUUACAGGGUGUAUAUGCGCUAGAACGCGAAACGCAAUGUGAACUUGUCAAGCGGAAAAUCCACGAAUACGAAAUACAGAAUUUCAUGGAGAUUAGCCAACGGGACGAGUUUCUCAAUUUUGAUGUUGAGAAAUUGCAAUGUCUUCUCGAAUCGGACAAUUUAAAUAUAACUUGUGAGGAAGAUGCAUAUGGUGCCAUAACUCGUUGGUUUAAUCACGAUGUUUCUGCGCGCCAACAACACCUACCUCGUUUAGUCGCUUGCCUGCGGCUCACGCAAUUCGAUGUGGACUUCCUCUUGACUCACAUUCAGUCAUUACUUGGUUGUGAGCUGUUGGCCUUCAUGGCGUCUACUUGGAUCAGUAAUCCCUCAGCACGAACUAAGAUAAAUAUGCGAUUUACUGAACCACGUGAGGAGAAAACUUUGCUAAUGGUUUACAAAGAGCAUAAUGCGUCGAAGCCAUGUGUAUUUCAAUAUAAUAAAGCUGAGGACACAUGGCAAAAAUAUGCGACUCUAUAUAAGGAUAGUAUAAACUCUAGUGCGAUAUUAAAGGAUGACAAUUUGUUAUUUAUUGGUGGUGAUAGCUAUAAAUCACCAUCCAAAAGAUUUCUCAGUUGGAAUAUUCCAAAUAAAACAUGGCGAGAAUUGCCAGAAAUGAACCAAGCACGAAGGGAUCACAGUGUUGUCGAAUUAGAUGGAAAAAUCUACGCAAUUGGUGGUCGUGGUGAGAAUAAUACUCUUCUGCAGUCAGUUGAAAGGUAUACGGCAUCCAAUGGUUGGGAGUUCGUGGCACCUUUGAUUACAGUACGUUUCGAGGCCGGUGCAGUGUCUUUGAAUGGUAAAGUUUACAUAAUAGGCGGUUCGAAUAGAAAAACCUUAAAAUCCGUGGAAUGCUAUAACCCGGAUUCGAAUAGUUGGACUUAUUGUGCAGUUAUGAGAGAAACGUGCCGGAGCCUUAGUGUAGCUGCACAUAAUGGUCACAUUUAUGUUGUAGGCUAUUUUAAAGGUAGCCCAGCUGUUGAACGUUACGAUCCUCAGCGAGACACAUGGACUCAGAUUCGCUCUUUGAAAAAUGAUACUUGGUGUGAAUUCGCUUGCGCAUCUCUUGACAAUAAACUAUGGACUAUUGGUGGCAGCGUGGAGAAUGAGAAUGGGACAAGAGUUGCCGUUUAUACCGAAGAAAAUGACCGUUGGGUACAGAAAAACCUGUUACCCAAAGGAGAAAUAUAUUCUUGUUUUGCUGCGUCAUUGUCUUUACUGACAUAAAAAUAAACCAACAAAAAUAAAAAUGUUGUCUGUUUUAAUAAACUACUUAUAAGAAAUACACAAAAUCUAAAAAAACUUUCUUUAGCACAAUAAAUCGUCCUGUUUAUCAAAUAAAUUAACAGCGACUCGUUUACAGCAGCAUGCAAGCUAACCAACCAUGAAACCGACCACAAGUCCACAAAUGAUAUGCGAAAAA